CCACCGUCUUCUUACAAGACACGAGGUAGUCAGCUACACCGAAUUAAUUUUGUGCACCUGGGCUUCUUUAACCUGCACCUAAAUCUAACUACACGAACGUCUUUCCAUUGUGCCUCCAGGUUAACGCAGCAUGGACGGCCGUGAUUCAACCAUUGAUCUCAACCACAGAAACACAACGCAAUACCACGGUGCUGCCGCGACGGGUGGCUUAAGAAAGCCGUAUCUCCUUCACAGUAGCCGAAUAGCUGAGACGAUUACAUCCGGCGUGAAUUAGGCGAUCGGCGAGCAUAAAUUGACUAAUUACUGAUGCAAACCUCGACGGAACUACUGGCUGCCUACGUCAUUGGCACACAUUAAUUAUGAUUCUAGUCAGUAUGCGUUCACGGGGCUAUUGGCUGCAUGCGCGCUUGCAUGUAUCUAUUAGGGUUCUAUUCAGUGCGCGUUCUUGUGGUGCGUUGGAAAGUGCCCACGUGAAUGUCACCAAUGAUUUGGCUUUGCGUCGUAGCUUCGUGCUUGGAAUUCUGCGAAAGCGGUGCACCACAAAAGAACCACUGGUAUGCGCGACCGCGCAUGGGACAAUAAUUCACCGAAGAGCCAAUUGCAACCGUUGCAUUCGCAUAAAAAACGCGUCACUGGGGAACGCACGAGCCUUCCCUAUAGAGAGGAGGGUGGAGGCCAAACACAAAAAAAAAAAAAACUAAAGAUAAUAUAUAAGACAAUGGCGCAUUACGGCCACCUUCUCUGAGCGUUCCUUUGUUUGCGUCCAGCUACGGCGGCAAGCUUUCACAUGCAAACGAGGCGUCCUGGACGAAACCAUCAAUCAUGGCUGUGGAGAAUAGGGCGAAAACACUUUCUGGGUGCGCCUGUAGGCAAUGGCACGUGCGGCAAACUUUUCUCGCUACCACGCCAAUGUCGCCCGAUGUUGUGACAUUGCAUGGUGGAAAGAAACAAGUCAAUAUGCUAUUGCCUGUGUGUUUUAGGGCUGCGGCUCGGUGUGAUGUGAUGGUGUAACAGUAUCGACGGGUGAGUUACACUUGUCGACCCGGAUGAAGGAUCAAAACAAGCACUUCGGUUAGAGGUACUACGCCCUGCUGAAGUCGAGUUGACAAGCAGAUACCGCACAUGGCGGCAGUGGGCACCAUCCUGUUCCUUCUGGCCACGGCCUCAUGCGGCGUCGCAUUUGAUGUGGAGAAGAGCACUUCCAAGGGUGUCGUCGGCGGAAACCGGAUCGGAGUACUUGGUCGUACAAUACAAGAGUACCGCGGUAUCCCGUACGCGCAGCCACCAGUGGGAAGGCUACGCUUUCAACCACCACAGCCCCACCAGGAAUGGGAAGGCGUGUUGGACGCCACAAACAGGAGGACUGCUUGCCCACAAGUCGUCAUUAGUCCCCUCCUGAGUGCCGGCGUACAGUUCACUGAGGACUGCCUGCACCUUAACGUCUGGAGUCCUGUCGCGCGCGCCACCACGCCCGCUCCAGUACUCGUGUCAAUCCACGGCGGUGGCUUUUCGCACGGCUCCAGCAGCGUCGAAGUUUUCAAUGGCGCCAUCCUGGCCGCCAGAACUAGCUUCGUCGUCGUCUCCUUCAACUACAGGCUCGGCGUCCUCGGAUUCUUAGACGCGAACUCGACAGAGGCACCCGGCAACGUGGGUCUCAUGGACCAGAACUUGGCGCUCAGGUGGAUCCAGGAAAACAUUCGCAACUUUAGAGGCGACCCAUCGAAAGUGAUGAUUUUCGGGGAGAGCGCUGGAGGCAUGAGCGCCCACGCCCACGUGAUCUCGCCAAUGAGCAGCGGCCUCUUCCAAACGGCGGCCCUUAUGAGCGGAACGCUACACAGUCGAGAUUUUGUCGAGCCCGUGGGGGACAGCAUCCGCAAAGGCAACCUUGUUGCCAUGGCCGUCGGCUGUGCUCACGGUAGCAUCACCUUGGCCUCCCACCCCGAAUCAGUGGUGGCCUGCCUGCGAACCAAAAGCGCCGACGAACUCGUGCGUGCGGCGAGCGAGAAAUUAGCGCCCAAGAUAUUCCCGUUCGUGCCCACAUUUCCCAACCAGUUCCUGCCAAAGGAUCCAGACGUAGCGAUGAAAGAAGGGUCGUUCAACCCUGCCGACAUAAUAGUCGGAGUGACCACGGACGAGGGAGCCAUGGCGCUGUUGUACCCUCCCAGGCCGCAACUGCUGGCAGAGAAGAUCGAAGGCCUCGAAGAACAGUCCUUCUACAGUGCCAUCCACGAGAGCAUCUUCUCCUGGCUCCAGACGAACUCCUCGGAGAAGCUCGCCGCAUACACUUCAGAAGUGCGCGACGAGGCUUCCCUGAGACGCGCGUACGUGGACUUUCUCUCGGACAGGACAUUCGUGUGCCCUAAGCACUUCACAGGCGAGGCUCAUUCCGAACGCGGUCACUCCGUAUACUCGUACGUCUUCGGCUACAUGUCAGCAAAGAGCGACCUGCCGACGUGGAUGGGCACACCGCAUGGUUGGGACGUGAGCUAUAUGCUCGGAUUCCCCCUCGUUAACCAGGAACAAUACGACGCGCAAGACGCAGCCAUGUCCCAGACUUUCAUCAAUGCGCUGUCGACGUUUGCUUCCACAGGGGUGCCCCAGCUGCCAAUGGGGAAGCAAUGGCCAAAGUACACCGCCGACAACCCCGUUUCCGUGCUCAUGGACAACGACAAUAUCACGGACGUCGUGGGUUUCCGCAAAAAUUUCUGCAAUGCCUGGAGGUCGCGAAAUUAGCAAUGUAUUCGAGAUUGAAGCGUCACGUAUUAUCAAAGUUUUCUACUGUAGAUAAACAAAGCAUUAUGUAUUUUUUAGUGCCCCACACCACCUGCGUUCCGCAAUUUGAAAUAGAUUACAUUUACUGUUACAUCAGACAUAAAAGCAUCUCGACGCAGUAACACGACUGUAAAUACCAUUUUUGUUAGCCUGCGAAUGUAAGUAUAUUUUACAGCAGGGCAGUCUGACUAAAAAAUGGCAGUGGCUUAGCUCGGCUGUGCCAGGAUAUACGUAGCGAAAGCUAAGGCAUAGCAUGGUUAGCUUUGGUUAAUCUUGAUUCCAAGUGCAGGUUAGUUUGGCUGUCUAGCUAUGUUGCGGCGUUUAGCCAGGCGUUCGGCGCGCUGUUCGUCUUUUCCUGGGCGAUUCGUUUCCUUUUCAUCUCGUUCCGAUGUCGAUUCCAGGCCUCCUCCUGCUUAUCAGAAUUGUCGCCUUCCAUACUGCCACCUCAACUGUGUUUGCGGCGCACGCGAGCUCUCAUUUUCAAUCCUCCGACAUGUUAUCAGGCAUGCGACGCAGCUGGCGAAGCAAGCGGAGGCGAGCGCAACGACGAGGAACGCGGUGUGACGUCAUACCAAACGGCGGCGGUUAAAAGGCGCGAGGCUGCGCAGCGGCGGAACACCUGUGGCUCGAUGCUACUAGUGGCGCAUGCGCAGUAGUUACUAGGGAACGAGAGAGAAAGGAAUAUCCGCGGCGAGGCGCGCGUUGUGACGUCAUGUGCCUCCACGGAGCACCGCCACAGCAAAAUCGCAAGUUCGCGGCCAGUAAAGCUUUCCUUUAAAAAUAUCUAUAAUUUUUGUCUUGCAGCGUCACGAUACAGCCGAUAUCUGAUCAUGCAUCGUGAAGUUUAGUGCACUUGUGGAGCGUACAUUUCGCAUUUAGAAGUGUAACAGCAAGCAUCGGUCACAUUGAAAUUCUGCCAAGCGCAAAGUUAACUGGUCAAUAUAGCUGCUCUGGUUUCGCUGGCUUUGCGGCAACCUAAGGGAUGGGCAUGCAGGCAAACAAAUGAGAGAAUCCAAGUGUUUUAUUAAACCAUGUAGACCAUAAAGAAAGCAAACGUUUGUCAAAGACGACAUAAGAAGCGAAGUUUCGUUAGCGACUUAUAGCAAGUUGUGAUAGUGGUUAAUCUUCGCGCUAACAGGCUUACACAAGGAUAGUAUUCUCCCAAUGGAUAGAUCGUGCGCAGAACUGCAAGGAACGUUUGCGGACCAUACGUUAUAUAACCAAUUCAUAUUCUCAAUUUGAGCUCUAGGGGCUAAUGUUAUACGCAUAGAGAAUGCUUUUCCUCGACAGAAUACAGCUUUUCUCCAAGGUAUUGCACUAUUUAGCAAGGACAGCGAUGACGGUUAUUUUAUGGCGCCUCGUCACCAUUAUAUCCAAAGGGACCGUCACAUGUAAGCACACAGGGCUUCAAAGUCACUUUGAGGCAGUUGCUGUACUAUGUAUAUUGUUCGACACAUCAUUGUCACUUUGCAUAGCGCCUCAUAAAUAUUUUUCGUUUGCACAGUCUGCGAAUUUAUUUCAUCAGCUAAAGAGCAAUGUAGUAUAUACUAGAAGUUCUUUACGCGCAUAACGCAGGAUCUGGCGACAUGCGCUACGACACAAAAGCACAAGAGGGUGCCUAAUAAAAAAAUAUUCUCUAAUGUAACAAGACACACUUCACUAUGACUGAAGAGACAGGUGUCAAGAUGACAAGUUGACACCAGGCGAUGCUGAAAACCACGGCAACCAGCCGACCCACGAACUGAUAAGCGAGGCUCGGCUCCCUCACACCUCCGUUACCCGUGGGCUCCCCACUGAUCUUCUACAGCGAGACAUACUACACACUCUAAAAAAAGUUUGCACCCUUCGGAGUGAAUACCUGCCACACAAAAUCGUCAUCCGCCUUGAUGCGUUUCCUUUCUUUAACGCUGGAGCCCGGUACUUUCCAGUAGCGCACGGCAUGCGCGUUAUCAGCAUGACAUAGCAUUCUCGACAGGAAAGUAGCGGGCGCAGCAUUUUCAAGAAAGGAAACUCAUCAAGGCAGAUGACGAUUAUUGUUGUGUGGCAGAUAUGCACCACAAAGGGUGCAAACGUUUUUUAGAGUGCAGAAACGACGCUGCCUCCGGAAACGCCAAAAAUAUUGCCUUCUGGCUACGAUGCCUGAUUCAGAAUCGAAGUUGGCGAUUUUACGGUACCAAAACCACAAUCUCAUUAUGUAGCACGCAUUGUGGCGACUCCAGAAUAAUUUUACCUCCUAGGUUUUUUUUUUUUUGCCGUGCAUUCAAUGCACAUUGAAGCAGAUUCUUGCAUGUCGGUCCCUUUCGAAAUGCAGCAGCGCUCGCUUGGGUUCGAUCCUGCUACUUCUGACUUGAAGGCGCCCUAAAGAGAAAAAUGAUUUCUUCAGCAUAUGUAAAUUACUUUUCUACGACAUUAAAAACACCAUUCUCAUCACAAUAAGGCUCUUGGCAAGCUAUAGAAACCACAGGAACGAAAGAAGGGUGGCCACACCUCCUUGCAGUUCCCGCACCUGGUCACUGUGACGUCAUGGAUUUUGAUGACAUCUUCUAGGGCCGACUUACUUAUACAGCGGUACAGAUUGCCAACAUUGUGUUCUAAAGAAACCAUAUAGUAAACAUAAGUUUCGGGAAACUUUACUCAGCGAACGCAGCCCAAAUUUGAAAACAUACUUUGGAGUUCCUGACCUCACACUGACGUACCCGCAUCGGGGUUCCGGCGUGAAAUUCAAAUACUGAUAUUUCGACUUUCAUUUUCUCACCUCAUAAACUAUUAUUUUGAAAUGACUGCCUGCACGGUUUUCAAAGAAUCCUUUAUUAGUCUAAACUCAUUUGCUGUUUCGCUUUAGUGCCCCUUUAACAGCGCCACGCCAUAAUGGUUAAGCCACCACGGCAGUUCCACCCUGAUCCAUACGACGUUAUUCCCAAAGGACUAUAUAUACCGUAGGGUAGACGUUGCAAAAAGUAAAAGUCACAGCAAGGCCUGAGUAGAAUAGACCUAUACAGACAACAUUAUCGCCAUAUGACAGAAGUGAAAGGGAAGUAAUUCCGCCAACUGACCGCGAUCACCUGUGCAAAUGAAUUAUGUCUGCACAUGGGUGGCGGCCCCGAGUGUCCGUCACCUCCUGUAGUGGUGCGAAGGGCUAAACACAUUCUGGGAAAAACAACCUGCCUAAAGUGGUGACGAAAUUAGAGGACAGGGACAGGCCGCGCGGUGGCAUCAAAGGGAGACAGGUUUUAAUGGAUCUGCGCGCAUGGAACUUUCUAAGUAAGCCGGCAUUAGCCUUUCUCCCAUCCAAUUACCGUUGUCCCCAGAUAGACUCCCAACCUUUAUUUCAACAUAUACUCUCUGUCUGUCUCUGUAAGAUAUAGACAUAAUAAAAAAGGGCCUACCAUAGGCUCUUUUUCAGCGUUUUUUUUUUACACAUAACACCAAGCAACUCGCACGUAUAUUGGUUCUCUUAUGGAAUUUGCGCACAUGCAAUGGAAAAUAUUUAAAAAGACUCGCGGGAAACAUCACUUGGAGCAUAACUGAAAACAAUAGAGUACCUUACAGUGUGCCACCGUCUCCUCCUACUGAAGUUAAGCAGACUUAAUAUUGAUCUCUAUAUACUUACCUUGAUUGAAUGCUUUCUGAGUAAUCGAACACGGUACGUAUCUCUCAUUUUCUUUUAUCUUCUCAUAUGCCGCAAUACUCAGAUCUUGGGCCUUUGUUGUUUACUAUCUAUAUUAGUAAUCGAACGAACGAGUCAACAUCUAACAGCCUGCCUUUUGAUGAUGACUGUUAUCAUAAAAUAACCAACCGAGGCAGUUCACUCUCACCUCAGUCAGACCUUGUCGACAUCUCUUCAUGGUGUAAUCAAUUGUUAUUGAAACUAACAAAGUAAUAAAUGUAAAAUUAUGACAA